CGAGGGGGCGUGGCCAUAGGAAAAGAAGUCUCUGGCUGAACCCAGUGGGUGGACUGAGAAAACCUGAUCCCUUCCGGUUACGUAAUCGCAGCAAGAUGGCGGCGCCCAGGGCGCCUCUGCACCUUGUGGCGCCACGAUGGAACGCGGGUACCAGGGGCAUCCGAGGCCUGAGCAGGGCGGCGGCCCCGGAGGGCAAUCAGAAAAAGGGGAGGUCGCUGCUGCAGUUCCUGGCUGACCGCUUCUACGACGUGCAGGCUCUCAGGGAGUACCUGCUCCGAAAGCAGGCGUGGAAGAUGCACCAGAAAAAUCGGCCCUUCACCUACAUCAGAGAGCGCUACGGUCCUUACGCCGCGGGUGCCUAUUUCAUCCUGAAGCUGGGAGGCGCUGUCAAGUUUCAGGGCAAGGAGUGGAUCCGGUCAAAUGCGCGUGGCCACUUCUCUCUUGACUUCUUGAAGCUCCAGACGGUGCCUGUAGAGGCGGUCGAUGCCAGCGGCUGUGCCGUCAACUACCAAGGCCUGGACAGCCUCUUGGCCCUAAAGGAGCUCCAGGUCUUGUGGCUGCAGCGCUGCCCCCACGUGGAUGACUGGUGUCUCAGCCGCCUCCACCCACUGGCCAGCUCGUUGCAGGAGCUCUCGCUGGCCGGUUGUCCCAAAAUCUCUGAACGGGGCCUCGCCUGCCUCCACCACCUCCAGAACCUACGUAAGCUGGACAUCUCAGACCUCCCCGCCGUGUCCAACCCAGGCCUCACGCAGAUCCUGGUGGAGGAGAUGCUGCCCGACUGCAAGGUGGUGGGGGCCGACUGGGCCCGGGGCCUCAAGGUGGGGCAGGAGGAGCAGUAUCAGGACAUAACCAGCCCCAUCCCUGCCUAGCCCUCAGCUCCUCCCCAUCAGGCUGGAUGGCAGCGGGCCCAUGGAGGAGCUGACAGUUCUGUUACUGUGGCUUCCGGCCAGGUUCACUCCUCUGGGGGUUAGGCUGGUGCCAGCAGGUCAGAGGGGAGAGCGGGAGGCUGGGGUACUAACUCCCCACCUCGGGGGCUCUGGCUGGCUGCACCCUUGGCUGAAGGGUCACAUCACCUGUCAUCCUGUCAGGCAGCUCUUCCUACGUGCUUCUCUCCUGGGCUCCUGCAGCUGCCUCCUGCCUCCUCAGGCCUGGGGGAGGUAAGCAGCCCCAGGGAGCUGCACUCCCCCCUGCCCACUACCAUGUCAAGAAACCCUCCUCUCUUGUCCAGAGACUCUUUUCAGAGUAUCCUUAUUUGAAUGGGGCACCUGGGUGGCUCAGUCGGUUAAGCACCUGCCUCUUGCUCAGGUCAGGAUCCCAGCCAGGAUCCCGGGAUUGAACCCUGCAUCCGGCUCCCUGCUCAGCAUGCAGCCUGCUUCUACUUUCCCUCUGCUGCUCCCCCUG